AUGUCGUCGUCGCCCAUGACCUACAGCAGCAGCAGCAAGAAGACGUCGUAUGGGCUCCCGCCGUCCUCCGGUGACGUCCCGCUCAGCGCCGAGCGCGCCAUGAUGGACGAAAUCCGCUCGAAACUCGAGCGGACGCAGCGUCGCUUGGCUCGCAAUGCGCCCAGCAGCGCUACGAGCGUCACGUCCGUGUCCAGUAAAAGCCCCUUUCUCUCGUCCUCGUCGCCUAUGAUCGAGCCCAGCAGUCGAAACAGUAGUAGUCGCCCCCGCUCGACUGUCCCGUUUGCCGAUGCGCAAUCUGGCGCAUCUUCGUCCAAGAGCCAGUUGCCCCGUCGUCAACACGCGUUGCCUUUGUCGUCGUCCAAUCGUCGUCCGCUCUCGUCCGUCCACUCCACCAAUGCGUCGUCAUCAGCCACGGCCUUAGCUUCAACUAUGCGAUACGCGCAGUACAAGAGCCGGUCCAAAUACGCCAACAGCUCCGCGACGUUUGACACGGAUCCAUUGAAUGGCGGCCCACCGGUCAUGUCCACGCCGUACUUAGUGUACUCGAGCUCGCGCGUGCCCAUGUCCAAUCGCAGCAGUCGCCCGUCGCUCGCCACGCAGCCACGUGGACAACAGGAGACGAGCCACCAUGCGCCGUCGACCGUCUCGUCUGCCCUGCGGUCGGGCAUCGCUGCGCGGCCGCCGAGUUCGCGCGUGCGUUUUCAAAGCCACGAAACAAGAGACAGGGCAGACGACACUGCUGCAGACGGUGCAAUGGACGACAACGACGACGACGACGACAGUGAACAGAAACGACGUCAAGCGCUUGUGAAAGAGCGCGAAGCGCGUCAUGUGCGACACCGCGAGCUCGAGCUGCAGAAGAGUCGUGAGACGGGGCCCUUGUCGCCCAUUGCGACUGCGACACGCGGUCGACGAUCGGACAAUCCCCCGAGUUCAGCUAUCAAACCGUCGGCGUAUGACGAGAUGCUGCAGUCGACCGUCGGACGUUUACGACGCAGUUCGAUUGGCCACUCGCCGCCCAAGUCGGACAUUCAGGUAGCAGCGUAUGAGGAAGUGAGACCGCGACGUUGGAGCUCGCAAGAGGCGCUGGAGAAACGACGUAAAGAGUUGGAAGCAGAAGAAGAAGAAGAAGAGGAGGAAAGAAGGAGGAGGAGGCGAGAGGAGGGAGAGGGGGGUACGACGAGGGACGAGAAGGGAGGUGUCAAGUUGUUGAGUGGAAAAGUGCCGCUGGUGUUGCGACCACGGGGGGGACGUCGUGAUGGAGAUGGAGUGACCAAUGUGUCGGAGGGAGAAGGUGGAGACACUUCUGCGUACGAGACGGACGAUAGCUACGACUUUUCAGACUUUGAUACGGACUCGACGGACGGACAAGUGUCGAGACACGUGGUUGGAGAGUUGGAACCUACUGCGACGAUUGACGUGGAUGAGAAGAAGCGAGGAGCGACCAAGUGCCAUCAGGAUCAAGUCGACGAGGGGGAAGAAGAGCUGCAGCCAGUGUCGAGACUGACGGCGAAGGAUCUGGCGCUGUAUGCGCUAGGGCGCGCCAGCACGAGCGCACUUUCGGAUCUGGAAUCGCCCGUCGCUUCAUUAAACGGGAACGGGAACGGCUCUUUGAAAAAGAAGCAGACAGCAGCACUGAAAUCAUGCACCCCAGCACCCACGUCGUAUACGCCCACGUCGUCUGCUUUUCCAUCAGCUCGUGCACUGGAAAAGCGACCAGUUUUCGCCACGACAGGCCGUACACGGGACAACCGAGCGGCACGGCCAUCUACGUCGACGUCUGUGUCCAGCUAUGUACGCCGUUCGCGACCUCGAGCGCCUAUGGAUUUGAAAAACCAUUUGCCGCCCUCGAUUGGCGUGCUGUCGGGCUUAUCGAGUGGCUCAUCGACGUUUUCGAUCGAUCCAUCGUGUUUUUACGAAGUGACGUGGAAAUCAGGCGAGUUUGCGUUCUCCGUGCAGCAGGUGUAUACUGAUGAGAACGAGUACGAGUUUGACGACCGCGGUGACGAACCGCAGCUGUUCUUGCGCAUGUUGCUGAAUACGGAGCGCAGUGUGUGCAAAAGUUUUCGUGACGUGCGCGUGGGUGACGUGUUGAUUCGUGUUGGUGACACGAAUGUGUCGGAUCUUGGACUGGAGGGAUCAGGGACAGUGUUGACGAAAUUCUUUGCAAAGCUGAUGACUCAAACCCCGAUUCGACUCACGUUUCAGCGAAUGUCUUCGAGUGAUUGGGAAGGAGGCGUCGAACUGUGA